AUGCAGGAUCUCUAUGCUACCACUGACCAACGCUCUACGGGCGAGGCGGCUAGUGUCCUGGGUCGGACGAUGUCCAAGUUUCGAAGUAAACUCCAGGAUGCUUUUGUUCAGAAUAACGUUAAUAAGGCAAUUAUGACAGUUAUUGAAGAAAAAUCUUCUGUAACCUUGGCCGAUCGUUUGGAUGAAAUUGUUACCAAGGAACUGCGGAGAAACGGACACAAGAAUGUUGCUUUAAUAUUGAGAGCCCUUGAACAUGUGAUCAUUAAGGAUGAGGAGUGUAUUCAUAAACUUGUUCACCACGGCUUGGUUGUAAAGACCGUUUACAUGUUGAAUUGGUUUGAGAGAGUGUCAGAGCAUCUUAAGGAACAGCAAAAACCAACCAAGAUCGCCAUAAAACUCAUCGAAGUGUUCUACGAGGUUUCCAUGAGUCUGUGUCAGAUGACUAGUGCAGGCAGUUAUAAAAUCCUGGAUGUCUUUCUGUUGCGUUUUGGAGCUGUUGUUUUGGAUCACGAUGCACCUUUCUCUCUACGUUUGGAGGCGAUCAGAACCAUAAACUCCAUGUUAGACAGCAGUCCAAAAGACAUCAGGAAGAGACUCUGCCAGUCAGAUGACCAUAUCGGGCUCUUAGAAGACUUGGCAAAAGCGCUGAUAGACAUUGGGGAUUAUGAAAUGCAGGUGGCCAUAUCUGAAGCUCUCUGCAGGAUGACUCCAAAAAAACUGAGGGAAGACUUUGCUGGCAAAUGGUUCAGUUUCAGAAGCUUUGCUUCAGCUUUUACAUCAAUUCGUGACAAAGAUUUUGAAACGGACUGCAGGACAUUCCUGAAUGAACUCAACAGCUAUUUUGGAAACUCGCGAAGAGUGUUCUCCUUCCCUUGUAUAAGGGUUUUUCUUGACUCAACCGAACUUUUCAAGCCUGAUGAUGAGUUUCUAACACAUUUUUGGGUGGAUUUCAACAUCGGAACAUCAACUAUAAGUUUCUUUGUAAAUGACCCGCAGAACACCCUGUGGGAGCUGAUUCACCUAUGCAAAGAUGCCAUCAGCACAUAUAAUCUACAAGACCGGGAUGGACAGAAGAUAUUGACUGUUAACAUGAUGAACCCAAUCAGUAACGGAAAGAUCACUGGCCAAAAGGUCGAAAUCAUCUUUAGCUCGGAGCCCCACAUUCAGACUGCCUUGACAAGAGUGUUUGAAGAGAAGCUACAGCCAGGCCCUUCUUAUGCAGGGACCCAGCAACUGAAUAUGCCAGAGACCAGCCCACCUGUUGGAGACUUCAAAGGCACAACUAAAGUUUCCUUCCUCUUCAGUGGAGCAAACAGCUACCCAGGCGCAAACCUGAAACGAACACAAGAAAAAGACAUCUUUUACUUUAAGGACCAUUCAGAUUCAGAGGUAACCCUUAAAGUGUCACAAUGUGUGGGUGACACUUAUGACACAGAAUGCUCAGGGAAGUCACAUGACAGGAAGCCAGAGACUAUAACGUUCAUGACUGCUUUAUGGAGGUAUCAGAAACAAUGGAAUUGCAGACAUCAACAAGAUUUGGGUUUGACUAUGACUAUCAUUUGGACAAUGGUGGCACGUGCAAAGACUGUGUUGUUCUGUCAGUCGUCAUCAUCUAAUGGGUCUACAAAAUCCCUCCCUGACACUCUGGACAGAACUAUCAAGAAGAGAAUGAGGAUGAUGCAUUCAAGUGAGGAGUUUCUCCGCAGAGACACGCCACAAAUUGACUACAGCAGGAAGAGAUCCAGAUCUAAAGGCAAACUCAGAGUUUUACCUCUGUCUUCACCCAGCAGUAAUGAGGAGGAAUUAUCCAAGUAUUCAACACCAAAGCACAAAUGUCAUGGAAAGGAGAGAAGAGAAAAUGAAGAAUGGCAGAGAACAGUGAAUGUUGAAUCCUCUGUGUUAAAAGAGAUUACAGCUGAUUCAGGUUUUCAGGAAAAGACUACUAUUUCUGACAGCAGUUUCCCUAUGGAAGAACCUGAAAAUCUUAUUGAAAAGUUACAUGAACAUGCUUUAGAUAUAGAAGCAUCACUUCCCCAAACAAGUGAACCAUCUGAAUCAUCAGAGCCGUAUGGGGAUCUGAAAAGGGACCAGUUGCUGCCUAGACUCAAACCCAAGAGGCUUUUCACGUCCAUGUCACUAGAGGACGCUGCAGAGAGAGUUACUAAAGUGUUGGAGGAUGAGUCCGAAGAAGAAUUGGGUGCAGGUGUCAGAGCAGCGUUUAACUCCUUUAAGACUCAGCUGAAAGCUCAUUUUUCUAGCAGGUAUAAAAGAAUUGAAGCUAGAUCAAUGCAGUCCCUAACAGACUGUCAGAGAAAUGUGACCUCUCUCUUGGGAACAGUACACAGUCAAAGAUUGUUACAUUUGGAGCAUUUUCAGAACAGUGUGGUGCAGCAGCUGGAGUGUUUGGAGCAGGACUGUCUGUCUCUUAAAACCAUCGAGAAAGAAACCGUGAAUUUCUGGCAGUCAGAGUCGAAUACAGUUCGAGCUUUCUGUGAUCGACAGCAGAAGAGCUCUGUGUUCAAUGUCAGGUUGGAUUCUCUGACCGUCCCUCAAGAAAGUGCUGUUGCCUCAUACGGUCGAUCAGAGAACCAAGAGGCUAAUGUCAGUUUGCUUGCAGAUCUCGAGGCCUCCCAGUGUCCUCCAGAACAAUCGAACGCAGAGGUUAUGUCCUCCUAAGACUGCUAUUGUUUUUCAUUCAUUUUUUUCUUUCUGUCUGUCCGGGAUGUCUACACCUUAUUAAAAAAACUGAAGAAAGUCAUGCACUUUGUGUCAAUUAAGGUCAGGAAUUAUAAUAAAAACAAAAAGCAGCAGGUUUAUCUGGUACAAUUAUUUGAAGUGCUUUAUUUUAUUUAGAUAAGACAUUCAUUUAUCUUCAGUUCUAAUGUACUAGUCAAUUAAGCUGUCUAUAAACCAUGUACAAUUCUCAACGUAAUUUGCACCUUAUGUAAAGUUUGCAUCUUUACCUAACACUGUUUUAAAUGCCUCAAAUAAGGGAGUGAUCAACUUUAUGUAGCGCUGCGCAGACCGAUCUUGUGUGAAAUCACAGUGAGAGCAAGCAUACAUAGUCCUCGAAUUGCUCUCGUGGCACUGUCGUUUGCGAUCUGUCUGCAUGGCAUUGCAUGUCCUCGAACAAGUCAUGUCAAAGAUGAUUUUCACAGUAUCUAGCUGAUGAGUUGAAUUGGGUGUUUUAUAUAGGAAGACAUCUAAAGCAUUCUGGGGGGUGAUGACUGGAACUGAGAAACGCUGCUUAAAGAAAUAAACACAAAACUUCAGAAUCUAUAAACUCGCAUUCCUUUUCAAAUCCCUAACAUUUCCAGGUUUUCAAUGGCUGUGAACUAAUCCAACUGGUUAAAAUUAGUCUAAAAUGAUUACUUUAAAUAAUAUAUUUAUAGUUAACACAUUCUGCAGCAGCAAACCGUUUUACAGCUUAUCAGGUAAAACAAUUCAUAUAAGGCAUUUCUGUUAAACAAUGGCUGGACAUGGAGGUUAAGGAAAAUUUACUAAUAUUUAAUUGAAUUUACUAAAUAUUUCUCAUCAGCGAGACACAAGCUUAAGAGGCUUAAUACUAUUUUGUAAUUUAUUUUGAAGAACAUCUGGACCUGUGGUUUUGAACUGCCUCCAUUUAAAAUGUUGUGUAUGCCACUUAUCCAGCUCAUAGUGUCAAGACUUGACAGGAAUGUAUAAAACAAAAAUAAAAAAGUUUAAAAAUUCCUAUUCUAAUAAAAGGACUCAAUUACAGAUGAUUAUAGCUGCUAUUUCACCAGUGUUCGACAUAACUGGAUUGAGAAAGUAUUCACUGUGCUUUCCGUUUUAAAUUUGAUCCAUUUAGAGAAUAUAAAAGCCCAUUUGAAUGAUUGAUGUUCUUAAGAUCUCAUCCAGUCUUUGUCAUUCUGUCACUUUCCAGCCUCUUCUUUCUGUAUGUCUGCAGAGGAAUGGCAUUUGUUGAUUAAGAUAUGGAAACAGACUGACAGUUAUGGGAUCAAGCACAGAAAAGCCAGCAUGUGCGCUGAACUGGGGAUUAAUUGGAGGCUAAGAUUAUCCAUGUGGUUCCAACAUUUUGAAAAGUUUAAACUAAAUUAUGUACAGUAUAAUGUGAAAUAGGGGGGCACGGUGGCUUAGUGGUUAGCACGUUCGCCUCACACCUCCAGGUUGGGGGUUCGAUUCCCGCUUCCGACUUGUGUGUGUGGAGUUUGCAUGUUCUCCCCGUGCCUCGGGGGUUUCCUCCGGGUACUCCGGUUUCCUCCCCUGGUCCAAAGACAUGCAUGGUAGGUUGAUUGGCAUCUCUGGAAAAAUUGUCCGUAGGGUGUGAGUGCGUGAGUGAAUGAAUGAGUGAGUGUGUGUGCCCUGCGAUGGGUUGGCACUCCAUCCAGGGUGUAUCCUGCCUUGAUGCCCGAUGACUCCUGAGAUAGGCGCAGGCUCCCCGUGACCCGAGGUAGUUUGGAUAAGCGGUAGAAAAUGGAAUGGAAUGGAAUAAUGUGAAAUAAUUUCUCUGUUCGAAACAGUAUUAUUAUAUAUUUGAAAUGAAACGCUACACUUUCAUUUAUGCGUUUACGCGUUCAUCUAAAUCACAUGAUAUCGAAAGUAUACUUUUUUUAUCAGUGUCUGUGUUCCCUGGGCACAGUCCCAUGCACUUUGCACUGCACUUUACCAAUUGACCCUACAAGAGCAGUAUCGAGUAAAAAAGGUUUUAUGCAGAAGAAUUGGAUCUGUAACAUAUGUAAUCUGUAAAAUUAAGAAAGUGUGCAUAUC